GAGCGGCUGCAACACGCACACACACGCACACGCGGAAACACACACACGGCCACCAGCGCCCACCGCACGCAAACACAAAGUGUUUCAUUUCCUUUUACUCCUUCAGGAGUUUCGUUUCACGCCGCAGACCGACGGUGUUUCGCGGUGUCGCCGACAGGUCGGAGAACUGAACUUCUUCCCGAGGCGCUCCAGAAUCUCUGUUGAAAGUUGGAUUACAGCGCAGCGACCUGAACUGAGAGGGAAUAAAGCUGCUCAGAGGAUGAGCAUUUGGGAUAUCAGCGGAGCUCAGUGCUGUCAACGGCUGUGUGGCGCGUGUAGAUAAGCCUCUUAUGAGGUGAAAAUCCCUCCCCAUCCUGCAGUAUCCCCUCCCAGCACCACCAGCAGCUGUCUAGUGAAUAAGGGAUGUCACGGCUGUUCCUCUUUUUGGCAGUCCUCAUUGUCUCGUGCAGCAUCCAGAUGUCUCCUGCUGCUACCCUGGAUAAACUGAAGGAUGACUGGAAACGGUAUAGGACAGAAUGUGAAUACAACAACAGUCAAUACCCGCCCAGCAGUGGUCUUGUGUGCAACAGGACGUUUGACGACUAUGCCUGCUGGCCUGACGGAUUCCCCAACACCACCGUCAGUGUGGAGUGCCCGUGGUAUUUGCCAUGGUACCAUAAAGUUCAACAUGGCAUGGUAUAUCAGGACUGUGAUGCCAACGGCCAGUGGGUGACUAAGUACAAUACCACUGAGUGUGAAAUCCAUAGUACAAACCAGAUUUAUUAUAGAUGUAUCUGGAUUAUGUACACAGUGGGUUAUUCCUUGUCCUUGGUGGCGCUAGUACUGGCUCUUGGUAUUCUGAUAUUUUUCAGAAAACUUCACUGCAUGAGGAACAACAUCCACAUGAACCUGUUUGCUUCCUUCAUCCUGCGAGCCCUUUCGGUCCUAAUCAAAGAUGCUCUGCUGGAGGCCAACUUCACAUCGCAAAAGAUCAGCGGAGACAGGGACCAGGGGUUCCCCAGUGAAUCAAUACCCCCAGUGGAGCUGCUGACCACAGUUAGCUGUCGCACUGCCGUGGUGAUGAUGCAGUACAGCAUCAUGGCCAACAGUUACUGGCUGCUGGUGGAAGGCAUCUACCUCCACAACCUGCUGGUCAUUACCGUGUUCACGGAGAGGAACUACUUCAAAAUCUACCUGUGCAUUGGUUGGGGAACACCAUUAAUAUUCCUUGUUCCUUGGGCAGUCUCUAAAUAUUUAUAUGAAAAUAAAGAGUGCUGGGAGCAAAACACCGACAUGAAUAUCUGGUGGAUAAUCCGAGCGCCGAUACUGCUUGGCGUUGUGAUCAACUUUAUUAUCUUUAUACAUAUCAUCAAAAUUCUUGUCUCAAAACUUCGAGCACACCAGAUGAGAUACACAGAUUAUAAAGUCAGGUUGGCGAAAUCAACUUUAACACUGAUUCCUCUUCUGGGUAUCCAUCAGAUUGUCUUCAUCUUCCUGCCUGAGGAGACCACCAACAAGAGCUUGCAUUUACGUCUCACUAAGCUCUUUAUUGACCUCUUUUUCUCCUCCUUCCAGGGUCUCCUGGUGGCGAUCUUGUACUGUUUUGUCAACAAAGAAGUGCAAUCUGAGAUUCUGAAGAAGUGGAAGCGCUGGAAGCUAGGGAGGAACAUCGAGGAGGAAUAUCGCCACACCUACAGCAAUUCCAACAACACUAAGACAGCCAGCCUGUUGAACCACAUCCCUCGGCUUCCCCACCUCCCAGACAUCGCCAAAUCUUCUGGCCCGGUCUGCCGUCCCGAAGAGCAAACGUGGCUCGUGGCUUGCUGCCACAACGGGAUGGUCCACGGCAAGGAGACGGAAAACUCCAGCUCGCAGCAGAACGAAGGAACCAGCAACUGCACCCUUGUGGAGGACAUCAACCAGUCAGGGAAGACGCAGUGUUAUGAGGUUCAGAGAGAGAAUGUUGAGAGCCACCUUUAAAAGAAACAAGGAGAAAGGACUUUCGGAAGGAAGUUAGACGGCUUUGAGCUCUGAUGGAGCUCUGACUGAAAGCCCUACUUGGGUUUUGAAGCGGUGUGCCGACUGAUUCACUUGUGGGAGCAGUCGUCAGUCAUCAGUGUCACCGGGAGAUGCAGUGGCUCUCAGCCCUGUAAUAUGACAGCAGUAUGGCAGACAUCCAGACCAGGAUGCUCAGUGUGCUGUGAGUCUUGUGAAUGGAUGUUUUGUCAUUUUAAUUAUAUGAAGCUGCUGCCUGUUGAACAAUUUUACAAACAAUAUCAACAAAACACAAAUAACUACAAUAGAAAUACAAAAAACCCCCCCCAAAAAAACACACCAAGUCCUGGUGUGAGUCUUUGCUUCAGUGUUUGGCAUAUGACAAAUGUGUGUUUUGUGGUACAACAAACUGGAUAUUGGACACAAUAAACAAGACCAAAUGACACGGAACAAGAAGGACAGAAGGGAUUGCUUUUUGUACUCUAUAUGCUCUGCUCUGUUGCGUGUAUGUUGCUAUCUUGUUCAUACUGAUUUUAAUGAAACUGUACAGAGAAAGGAAGAAAAAAAAAACAUUCUGGUGACUUCACAGUGAAGUAACCACAGUUAUUGUGGAUGGGAAAAAGGCAGCUGCUCCCCCCAGGUCCUACCUGGCAUAGAAAAACAAAUAAGAUUGAGGUGUAAAGAACUAAAUGAAUAACACUGCUUUUCUUUUGGUAUUGCUGAGUGUUACAGUGUCACAGUUGUGAAAGUAUUAAUACCCCUUUUUCACAUUUUGUUGCAUUACAAAAACACAAAUUUCAAUGAAUUUUGUUGGAAUUUUAUGUAAAAGACAAUCAGAAAGAAGCACAUUACUGGCAAACUAAAGACAGAAUAUUUAAGGUUUUUAUUUUUGUUUUAAAAAUAUUAAUCUGAAGAGUGGUACGCAUUUAUAGCCAUGCCACUGUCAUAAUAUUUUAGCUACUCUAAGAUGUUCUUCCAGCAUUGCCCUUUAGAAAUAUUCCUUUAGAUGCUCCGCUUUGCUGUAACAAUCAAAUCUGACUUGCUUCAGUGUUUCUCUGAAAGAAAAGCAUCCCCACAGCAUUAAGCUACUCCCACCAUUUGGAAGGUCUGUUCAGGAUAUUAAGUGUUAGUUUUCAGGUACAUAGUGACAUCAAGAGCUAUGAUUCACCUCAGAAUUGAAGUCAUCGUCAUGUUGCCGGGUCCAGUUCUUGUUGAGCUAUAAUUUGUUCAAGAACUAGUUGAGACAUGGUUCAAUUCAUGAUAGGUGAGCAGUGGUCAGGUCACGUUUCAUAUCCCCAAAACAUGACACCUCCACCUCUGUGCUUCACAGUUGGGGCGAGUUGGUUCUUUUCUUAAAAUGUUGUCAAAAUACCUCAGAUUUAGAUGAAUCUGUUUAAAGAAUAUAAUUCCUAUAUAAGUCCUAGUCUUUGUCUGUUGCUUAGAGAGCAAGUAUUUCCUUCUUGUACACUUAUCAUUGAAGUUAACUCUGAUUGUUUAGUUUAUUUUUGAUACUUUUUUUAGCAUCCUGUUUUCUGCUUUCAGGGUGGACUGUGAUAAGUAGAGUUAUGUGUUCUGGCAGUUGUUUUAAAUAUCCUCCAUGUAUAGACUGUUUUCUGUAAAGUGGAAUGGCUUAUUUUGUUCUUUUGAGACUUCUUUAAAUUCAGUAUAAUAUUCAUAAGAGCCUACAAUAUUCAUUUUAAAGGUUGCAGAUAGCUCUUUAGAUCCAACCAUGGUGUUCAACUCUCAGUUCAGCGAUCGAAAGCACACCUAGCUAAAUGUCUGAGAUUUAAAAAAUACAAGCUGCCUUCAAAACUCUGGCUAAGUGCGAUAAGCUUAUGUGUACAUUUAGUCUUUUAAAACUGGAAUCUAUGUGGGGCGUCCUAAUUUAUUUCUCAAUACAUUGAUGAUUGUUAUUAACAUUUUGCAGAAAAAUUCAAUGGAUGGAUGUUUCUAAAGGCGACUUUGCACUGGAUUUUAUUUAUGGGUAUCAGAAACUAAGGAGAAUGAAGAUGCAUAAUACAAACUUCAGAUUUUUUUUAAUUCGCAAAAUUAAAAGACAACAUGUCUCAUCAACAAUUUUGGUUGAUUUGCCACAUAAAAUAUCAAUAAACAGAUUGAAGUUUGUGCUUUUAAUAUGACAAAAUGUAAAAAAAA